AUGUCAGACGUCGCCGUCGCAGCACCCGCCGACAAGAAGGCUCCCAAAUUCAAGGCCAGGGCCAUGCGCACCUUCAAGAGCAAGGCCCCUAAACCAGGCCAGAAGGGAUUCGGAGAUGACAUCCCCGGCAUGGAAGGUCUUGGCACAGACAUCACAGUGGUUUGCCCAUGGGAAGCCUUUGGCGACAUGGAGCUCAGCGACCUGGCAAAAUAUGGAAUUGUUUAG